AUGCAGUGCCCUACUACUAUUGAUACAAAAGAUUUGUAUUUUUGUUCUAGAAGUGCAAAUGUUUCUAUUCAAAAUAUUAAUGAGGUCGUCUCAACUUUGAAAUCGAUAAGAAAAUAUCUGAAAUUCAGUGUAAUAGAUGGAAUCAUUGAUAUUUUAAAUCAAACAGAAAAAGAAAUACAAUCACUUAGAUCUCAAAUUCGCAAGGCAAAUGAGGCAUUUAGUAUAUUGGGAGAUUUUCUUUCACAAAAUGAUAAUGUUAAGGAUUCACAUGAUUUUGAAAGCAUUUACGAUUUCCAUGAUAGACUUUCAAUCACAAGAAACCAAAUUUUGAAGCUAAAGGCUUGCAACGAAGGACUUUGGGAAAAGACGUACCAAACAAAUAACAAUGAAGAAAGAAAUAUAUUUCAUGUUGCAUGCGAAAAAGGAAAUAUAAAUAUUGUUAAAAUGCUCAUCGAUUGUGGUUGUGACAAAGAAACAAAGACUAAAAAAGGAUGCACUCCACUCAUUUAUGCAUCACAAUUUAAUCACCUUGAUAUUGUUAAAUAUUUAAUAUCAGCAGGAGUUGAUAAGGAUGCAAAAGAUAAUACAGGAUAUACUUCACUCACUUGGGCAAUAUUUAGAAACAAUUUUGAAAUUGCUAGAUAUCUUCUUUCUAUUGGAGCUGAUAUCGAUCCAAAAAAUAAUGGUGGCAUAAAUCUUAUCAUUUAUGCCUCACAAUGGGGUUAUUUUGAAAUUGUUAAAUAUAUUGUUUCUGCUGGAGCCAACAUAAAUUCAAAGGAUGAUGGAGGAUUUACUCCACUGACUUUGGCAUUAUUAAAUAAUCAUAUUGAAAUUGUCAAAUAUCUUCUAUCUGCUGGAGCCAAUACUGAAGAAAAGCACAAUGGCAUAAAUAUUCUCUGUUAUGCGUCACAACAUGGUCAAAUUGAAAUUGUUAUGCGCCUUAUCAUUGCCCGGGCGGAAAUGAAUGCAAACGAUAAAUUUGGAUUGAAUCCACUUAAUUAUGCAUCAUCUAAUGGUCAUCUCGAAAUUGUUGAAUGCCUUAUCCGUUCCGGAGUUGAUGUAAAUGCAACUACUAAUGAAGGACAGACUUCUCUCAUUUUAGCAUCAGAACACGGUCACCUUGAAAUCGUUAAAUGCCUAAUUUCUGCUGGAGCUAAUAUAAAUAUGAAAGAUAAAUACGGAAAGACUUCACUCAUUUUAGCAUCAGAACAUGGUCACCUUGAAAUCUUUCAAUUUCUUAACUCAUUAAAUAAGUCACAGUUAAAGGAAAAUCCAUAA